AUGGGGAAGAGUUCUCUCUCUCUCCCCUCCCCGUCCUAUAAUAAUCCGAUUUCUCGCCCUUCGCCGCCAAGGUCGCUUUUCCUUCGAGUCAACUCGCCUCUGACCGAGGCCGGUUCUCCCGCGCUCGUUUGGACGGAGCGAGCGAGCGAGCGAGCGAGCUGCGAAGGGCGUUUGCCUGGCAAGGACGCCCGCCUGGCAGCUGCAGGGAGCCGCGGUCAGCUAAGGACGACGACGUCCGUCGAAAACGGGAGGAACUGCCGUCGGGAGGCGGAGGAGCGGCUGAUGCGCUUGCGCGGGAAGGGCCACGAUCCCCUUCAGGCUCCCCCGGGAGUCAACGCCGCAGGGACGCGUCCUGCCCAGAAAAAGGGGUUCCCCUGUAAGAGAGAGAGAGAGAGAUUUCGGGGAGACAGAAAGUGGCCGGCACUGUUUCCGAAAUUUGAGGAAGUGCGCUACCAAUCAAUAACCCCCGGAGACGGAGGUGUGGGAGUAGAUCUAAGUAGGAAUAGUAGCAGCAGCAGUCGCGGCCUCCGGCAGAAGUCGGCUCAGCUGGAAAGCCGAGGACCGCUCAGGCUCCAGACGCGCCCACUCGCCAGUCCCAGUUCCCGAGCUGCUCGCCGUCUCUCUUUGACUGACUCCAGAGGGCCCGGGGGCGUCGGCGGCUGGGGUGGCGGCUACGGCCUGAGCAUGUUCGCGGUGCAGACGGCCCCCCAGCCGGACCCUUGCUACGACGAGAACGGGCAGCCGCGGCGCUGCAUCCCGGACUUCGUCAACGCCGCCUUCGGCAAGGAGGUGAAGGUGUCGAGCACGUGCGGCCGCCCCCCGGGGCGCUACUGCGUGCUGGCCGAGAAGGGCGAGGAGCGGAGCCGCACGUGCCACCUGUGCGACGCGGGCGACCCCAAGCGCGCCCACCCGGCCGCCUACCUGACGGACCUCAACAACCCGCACAACCUGACCUGCUGGCAGUCGGAGGCCUUCGUGCAGCACCCGCUCAACGUGACGCUGGCGCUGGCCCUGGGCAAGAAGUUCGAGGUGACCUACGUCAGCCUGCAGUUCUGCUCGCCGCGCCCGGAGUCCAUGGCCAUCUUCAAGUCCAUGGACGGCGGCAAGAGCUGGGUGCCCUUCCAGUUCUACUCCACGCAGUGCCGCAAGAUGUACAACAAGCCCAGCCGCGCCGCCAUCACCAAGCAGAACGAGCAGGAGGCCAUCUGCACCGACUCGCACACCGACAUGCGGCCCCUGGCCGGCGGCCUCAUCGCCUUCAGCACCCUCGACGGGCGGCCCUCGGCCCACGACUUCGACAACUCGCCCGUCCUGCAGGACUGGGUCACGGCCACCGACAUCAAGGUGGUCUUCAGCCGCCUCCACACCUUCGGCGACGAGAACGAGGACGACUCCGAGCUGGCCCGCGACUCCUACUACUACGCCGUCUCCGACCUGCAGGUGGGCGGCCGCUGCAAGUGCAACGGGCACGCCUCGCGCUGCGUGCGCGACCGCGACGACCACCUGGUCUGCGACUGCAAGCACAACACGGCCGGGCCCGAGUGCGACCGCUGCAAGCCCUUCCACUACGACCGGCCCUGGCUGAGGGCCACCCCUCCGCCUGACCCCAAAUGUGUGGCUAGUAGCUACUGGCUACCCUUAGUUGUGGCCAUGGCGACUGAGUCUUAA